ACCCCAAUGCGCCGAAUACCGCGCCCUUCACGGGCAACCGACGCCUCCAGUUGCCUCUCGGCGUCGCUCCGCCAAAGAAUCUCGCCAUUGCCGUAUCGCUGCGCCCCGCCGCCCUGCACAAACGGCGGAAGCGCCGCCGCAUUUUCCACCACAGCCGCGAAACCGUUUCUGCUGCCCGGAAAGCAGGACAAGAAGAAGCACCAGCAGUUUGUGCGGCGAUGGCAGAAGCGUCUCCUUGGUGAUUCGGAGCCAAUUGGCGCGCACGUCGACCCAUAUGACCCGACUUCGCCGGUGCGGAUAGCGCCAGAGGACCAGGGCGAGUAUGAGGAGGUGCUCGACGACGACGGGCCCGGCUUCCCCACGUACAAGCCGUCAGAGAACAUCAGCAGUCUGCAGCGCGUGGGCGGCGACGAGUGGCUCAAGCAGCGCGCCGAGACAGACAUGGCCAAGGAGUUUGAGAAGCUCACGCUGCGCACCUACACGCCGCUCACGCUGGACAUGGCCGACGAGAUUGAGGAGCUCACGGGCACCCCGUACACGCUCCGGGACGAGAACCUGCUGAUGGCCCAGACGGUGCAUGAAAAAACAAAACGCCCAUACACCGACUACAACUUUGGCGUCCACACAAAGGUCACACGGCCAGGCGAGCUGCGCAGCCGCUUCACCCAGGCUGUUGCCGAGGUCUACGUGAUGAAGCAGGCUGGCCUCGACAUGGACUUUUCCAAGCUUGCCAACCGCGGCGUCUACGAUGCUCCGCGCUGGAUCAAGGACAUCAAGCUGGUCAAGUCGGAGAGCGGUGACGUCGCCCUCGCCUUUCCUCAGCACAAGAGCCUCGAGCAGCUACUAGAGACCAUGCAGAGCGCACCCGUCUGGGAGCCCGCAGCAGUCGAGCCAGAGGAGCUGCUGGUAGACGAAGUCGAUGAUGUGGUGGAAUCAGUAGAGCAGCCGACCAUGGACCCUGACACGCCGGCACACAAGCGCGCGGCUGUAGUCACAACAGACGCUGACACGAAGCCUUUUGACUUUAUGUCGAACCGCCCGGUGCCUCGCAGCAAGCCAGUUCAAGAACCGGCGGCGGAGGAGGUGGUUGUUGAGGAGGUAGUCGUUGAGACACCCACAUCCACUUUGGUAGAGACUGCUGUCACGGCUAAGCCUGAGCCUGUCAAGGAGACGCCAGCAGCUACAGCGAGCCAGCUGCAGCACUCGAUUCUUGAAGAAAAGGCACAGCAGCUGGCCAAGGACUUUGCGGCUCUGAAGAGGGCUGUGCAGCAGGCUCGGACAAGCGCAUCUGCCGUCAAGCCCGAAGAGACGAAAUGGCGACAAAUCCCCGUGACUGACGUGGACCUCAAGUUUGCUCUCUACAAACGUCUCUACCAAUUGACAGGCUGCUGCAUCUCAGACUCGGAACUCUCGUCGGCAAAGACGCUUGGUGACUUGUACAACAGCCUCUGCCAGGCUGCCAAGCCGCAACCGACCAGCCUCUUCUCGGCCAUUCACGUCGAAGGGCAACGGGCGCGUGAAAAGGCCAAGCAGCAAGCCGCCAUGGACAAGAAGCACAAGGCUGACCUGGGAGACUUGAUCCACCUGGGCAAUGUCGAGAUUCGCCGGGUCAAGGCGACCCAGGCGGAGAAGCGGACCAGGAUUGGUCUGGACAAGGUGGUCAACUAUGCACUGUGGGAGCGCGGGCUGGGCGAUGGCAUGCCAGUAAGGGCAGCCAAGCGGGGCAAGCGAAAGACGCGGGUAGUUGGAUUGUCACGCAAGCGUCCCGAGUUUUCGAAGCCGCUGAGCAGCAAGGGGGCCAGCUUCUUGGAGAAGAAGACGAAGGAAUGGCACGAGCAGCGCGAUAAGCUUGCCGGUGCCUCGGUAGCGUAGGGCGGAACAUGUGGCGUCGCUGCAAACCAUGUAUGCAUAUGUACUCUACAAGUAGGACCGUGUUGGCGCCAGUCCGAGAAGACGGCUCCCCUGCGCUUGAGCCACUGUAUACGUACUGUAUUCCACCAUGUGUCGGCACUUCUUCGCUCGCGGUGCCAGUGCCGUGAUCG